AAAGCCGUCCACCAUGGCCCUGCCCCUGGCGCCCCUGCCGAGGGCCCCGGCGGCCCCCCCGGGCGACCGGGCGCCUCCUCCGCCUUGGCCCCGCCGCUGCCCCGGGCACGGCAGGCAGGCGCCGGCCCAGCCCUCGGCCAAGGGUUGGGUGCCCUCCUCGGCGCCCCCGCUCUGGGCGGCGUCGUGCCGCGCCUCGCAGCGCGGUUCCUGGCAGGCGCGGCCCGGCGAGCCGCGCAACCCGAGCGAGGCGGCGGUUGCAUCCUGCACUGGCCGCAGCGGCACCACGCUGCCGCGCGUCGGCUCGGGGCUGCCGAGGGCGCCAGGCGCGGCGCCCACGGGGGAGCUGAGCGCAGAGGGCGCGCAGGGCGCGGCGGUGGUCAGAGCGGACGCGGACAGCUGCGAGAUCGCGCCCUGCCGCGUCAAGGGAGCCCCGCUCGCCAUUUCGCUGUUCCAGCACAUCGUGGGCCGUCCCAGGAGGACCGCUUCACCGUGGCCCCGAACUUCGAGCCAGAGGCCCGCGUGCCGUGUUCCUUCUUCGGCGUCUUCGAUGGCACCGUGGGCGACUUCGCCUCCGAGCGCGUAAAGGACUUGGUCAUCCCUAUGCUGCAGCAGUCCCCCAGCUGGAGGACGCUGAAGCAGAUGUCCGCUGCGCCUUCCCGCGACGCUUCCAAGGCACAGCAGGAGCGCCUGCUGGAGGACGCGCUCCGGGACAUGUACCAGUCUGCGGACGAGUCGUUGUUGCGCAGCUGCGCGAAACACGCGCAGAACUACGCCACUUGCACCUCCGUAACCCUAGUUGUCGUCGGGGAUCUGCUUGGCGUAGGUCACCUGGGUGACUCCCGCAUCAUCUUCGGAAAGGAUGUGGACGGCCAGAUGGUAGGCGAGCAGAUGACUCUGGACCACAGCCCAGACAACGAGAAGGAGAGGCAACGCAUCGAGGAGAGUGGGGGGACCGUUGUGCGCCUGCGCAACCACGGGCCCAAGUCCUUCAUCCGCGGCGGCGACUUUAUGGCCCGGAAAGCUUCCGGCGAUCGCCCCAUGCAGUUGAUGUACUCCCGCGCCUUUGGCUGCAAGGACCUCAAGCGCUUCGGCCUCAGCUCGGGGCGUCCCCGACGUCAGACUGCUGCGCAUCGGCGAGCGGGGCGCCCCUGCAUACCAGCGGGUGCGCUACGCGAUCUUGGCCUCCGACGGCUUGUGGGACGUCGUAGACGCGCAGCGCGCAGUUGA